UCUGUUUUUGCUGACCCAGCCAUGUUGGACACACUCAUCCCAACCCAUCCCGCGUUAGUGAAUGCCAUCGUCCUGGUCCUUCAUUCUGUGGCAGGCAGUGCACCUUUGCCCACUGCGGAGACCUCCUCGCGUAGCAUGCCUUCCAGCUCAUACCGGGACAUGCCGGGAGGCUUCCUUUUUGAAGGUCUCUCUGAUGAUGAAGACGAUUUCCAUCAGAGCACAAGGACCACCCCCUCCAGCAGCACCUCUGGAUCCCGGCCAGCGUCUCUUGGCUACACGGGGGCAGCAGGCCCUCGACCCAUCACGCAGAGCGAGUUGGCCACGGCCCUUGCCCUCGCCAGCACCCCAGAGAGCAGCUCACACACCCCAACGCCUGGAACUCAGGGCCAUUCUUCCGGCACUUCUCCCAUGUCCUCCAGCGUGCAGUCGGGAACACCCAUCACCAAUGACCUCUUCAGCCAGGCCUUACAGCACGCUCUCCAGGCAUCAGGACAGCCCAACAUGCAGGGCCAGUGGCAGCCUCAGCUGCAGCAGCUGCGGGACAUGGGCAUCCACGAUGACGAGCUGAGCCUCCGCGCCCUGCAGGCCACUGGGGGUGACAUCCAAGCUGCCCUGGAGCUCAUAUUCGCAGGAGGAGCUCCCUAACGUCGCCAAGGUCUCAGAUCCACAGGAGGGGAUCGUGUGCAUGCGACCUCCGCACCACAAAGCCAGCCCUUCAACGCGCAUUGCCUCCCCAUUUCACGGUGUGCUCCUCCGUCCUCAUACUGCAGAGUCCAGAACAUUUUGUACAUCCCCUUUUCCUUGUCUCCGGACGAGGACUAUUGAAACAGGAGCUCUCGACAUCAGAGUGCAGUUUAACAAAACGGCUACCUUAAGACAGGAAUGUUCCAGGAUCAGGAGAUUGUUACCUGCUCUGGAAAUGACCUACCUCUGCCCAGUCCAAAAUGGCCCCUUGAUCAUCUUCAAGAAUAUGCUCACUUCUCUCUCCUUCUUAUGGUGGUUUUAUUCCUCUUGCAACCAAGAUCCUGUAUGGUUUGUUGGACUCUUAACCUGUCUCAUUAAAUCUGGUUUCCCCCA